AACAAAAAGGACCAUGGUGUCCGUGCCCAUAAGAAGGAAAUUCUUGCCUUACUGCGGAAUGUUGCCCUUACAACAAAAAUGGAAGAUCAUGAGCUAGCGUUAAAGGUCCUAACCAGCAGUAACAUUUGGAAACAAUCGAAAACAUUAAGAGCUUGGCUUUCACAUAAGUGGUUACCAGACAUCAAGAAAUGGGCUCACGUGUAUAGAAAAAGUACCCAAGUGAUUGGUGUUAAUACGAAUAACGGUUUGGAGCGGCAACAUGAGACCUUGAAGUAUUCCUAUUUGGAUGGCUACAGAAACUGCUUGUUAAGCGACAUGAUCAGUGUUCUUCACCACGGAUUCUUUCCAGAUACCUUCAAAAAGUAUAUGGAAAAGAACCUACGCAGUUGUGAGCACUACCGAAAAUAUGCAGUCAAUGUUCCAAACUUCCUCAAAAACCGCCCGCGAGAGAUGUUAUCACAUGUCAUGCAGCGCUACUUUAGUAGCUUGGAUGAGACUCACAUUCUACAAAGGGAUGAGCAACAUGGGAUAUUCAAAGUUCAAAGUGAAUCGGAUAGCAAUUUAUCUUACAGUCUUGACCUUUCUGGAGAGUUGCCAGACUGUGGCUGUAAGGACUGGCAAAGAUACUUGUUGCCAUGUAAACACAUGUGUGCUGUAUUCAGGACAACCUCUUUUCAGUGGGAAAAUUUAAACCCUGCUUACACUGGGAACCCACUGUUUGCACUUGACACCGAGUGCUUUAAGACUGUUAUCAAUCAAACCCCUAAAAAACACAAUGUUGGCUUAACUCCUGGGCCAUAUCCAGAGCUGGCAUCUGAUUUUUCUGGUGAAGUUUUGCAAGGGUUACCACCACGGCGAAGGAGAAAACGCACAGGUGUCAUUAGAGAAUGUCGUAAAAGCUUAAAACGACUAGAGGAUUUGACAUUUGUUUUGGAUGACCAGACAUUGCAAGACUUUAGUUUGCAUUUAAAAAAUUUGGUGGUGGAUUUAAGUGAAAAGACUCCUAAAUCACAUGGAUUGAUCCUACUGGAUUCCACCCUAAAUAUGGAUACGACAGGAUUCAAAGAUCUACCAGAAAGAUGA